GUGCCCGGGACCGCAACAAGGAUGAUACAUGUGCGAUGCACUGAACCCCAGCGAAUAUACGAGCUGUUCAAGAAGUAUGGCCUGACAUGCUCCAAUGUCUGGGAUUCCAGAACCUCCCUGUCUGCCACGGCUCCUUGUACAGCACUGUGUGACCACAACAUGACCACAGUUAAAGCGAACAGGAUCGCGGAGACUGAUGCCUUGGACCAGGAACCUGAGGUGUCCAAUUUCUACCACGACAUGAAAUGCGUCCGAAUACAAGCAAAGCUAAACGCGCUGAAACACAGACCCUACAGCACACAUCACCGCAGCGUGGUAGAUGCAGCACAACUGCCAUCAGCCAGUGUUGACGGAACCUACUCGAACGAGACUCAGCCCGAGUUGGUAUCAGUUGUCCUGUACUACUACGAUCGAAUGGCCACACUGGGAGAUGUCAUCAAGGCCGAUGGUAGGUUCGUACCGGAUGUCCAGUAUUCGAAUCCAGAAGAGUGGUCUGGGGAUAGAUAUGUGUUAGAACUGGAACCAGACAACAACGUGACCAUUAUGGGCACGGUGCUCCCAGCCAGCUUGAGUGACGAGAGAACGCGUUUGGAACCGUACACGUGUCCCUACUGUCUCGAAGAUGCAAACGCGUACCUUGACUGCGGACACUUGUGUUGUGUGUCCUGUACACGAAGAGCUAAGAAGAAGAAGAAGGAUUCUGUGGCCUGUGGUGUUUGCAAGCAAGAAUCCACAGGCCACAGAGCCCUUGAAAUACCACAGAACUUCGAUUCUACAUGCUUCGCAUGCUGCAAAGGGAAAGAGUGGGUCACAGAAUGUGGCCAUUUAAUAUGUGUCAAAUGCUUCAUUGGACGCUGCCCUGUUUGUAGUAACCCGGUCACUACGCUUAAGAGGGUGUUCAUGUCAUAUUAA